UUUUACUUCAAUUACAACACGCUUUUACUUCAAUUACAACACGCUUUUACUUCAAUUACAACACGCUUUUACUUCAAUUACAACACGCUUUUACUUCAAUUACAACACGCUUUUACUUCAAUUACAUCACGCUUUUACUUCAAUUACAACACGCUUUUACUUCAAUUACAACACGCUUUUACUUCAAUUACAACACGCUUUUACUUUAAUUACAACACACUUUUACUUCAAUUACAACACGCUUUUACUUCAAUUACAACACGCUUUUACUUCAAUUACAACACGCUUUUACUUCAAUUACAACACGCUUUUACUUUAAUUACAUCACGCUUUUACUUCAAUUACAACACGCUUUUACUUCAAUUACAACACGCUUUUACUUAA